AUGCACGGUCGGGAGCGACGAGCAGCGCCCUCGGAGCCGGCUGCGGACGGCAAGCCUUACUCGAAGAAGAAGCUGAAGCCAAAGAAGGUUCGAGCGGCUGACGUGCUCGGGCCAGCGCAGCCGAGCCGGAGGCAGGACAAGGUCGAGGCAGCGGAGCCAGCCGUCGUAGCAGCGCCAGCGCAGGAGUGCGAUGGCGCACCCAUGAGUAAAAAGGAGGCGCGGAGGAAGGCACGCGAGGCGGCGGCCGCCGUGGCGGCGGAGGAGGCGGCCCGUGCAAAGGCGGCUCGCGACGAGGCCGCCUCCGCAGCCGUCGAGGCUGCAGACAGGCUUCGGGCGGCGCUGAACGCGGCCUCGGACGAGCAGGGCUCCUCCUCCUCAGAGGAGGAGGAGGAGGAGGAGGAGGAGGCUGGCGGCGCGCCUUGCAAUGCCUUCUCCGGCCUGCUCCUCGGCGGGAGCGACGGCGACGAGACGAGCAGCGGCGAGGAGGAGGGCGAGGAGGACGGCGGUGCCGCCGUGCGGGCUGGCGGCCGCGUGCCUGCCGUCGCCGCGGCCGCGCCUCCGCAGCGCGACACCACGGUCGAGGAGGCGCUCGCUGAGGCGAACGCUGUCGCGGCCAAGCAAGAGGAGGCGGCAGCGCAGCGGCGGGCGAGAGCCGUCCAGGCGCCAGAGGCGGCAGCGGGCGAGGAGGGCGCUCGCCCGCCGCCGUGGCCGGUGAUGGCGAUGGAGGCGGUCGAGGCGGCGGCGCGGAGAGGAGACGGCGAGGGCGGAGGGGCGAGCCUCGCUUGGGUGAAGGGGUACAUUGCCGCGCGCUGGUUCAGCACGACGGCCGCGACCGCGGCGGGCAGGCCGCUCGAGGAGGGCUGCAAGGUUGGCCAGGCGGCCGCCGACGACCCGGGCGCGGUGCGGCCGUGGAACGCCGGCGGUCCGUACCGCGGCAAGUUCGAGACGGCGCGGAGACGGCGAGCUGUUGGGGUGCGAGGAGGCGACGCGCGCCUCGACAAGGCGCUGGCGCAGGCGGUUCUGUCGGAGGAGCUGCUGCCGCCCGACCGGAAAGGCCGCUACCGACUCGCUCAGCGGCCGGAGCGGGAGGGCACGCCGGAAGGGAGGCCGGCGACGGGCGAUAUGAGACCGCUCACUGCGGAGGAGAGGGAGGAGGUGCGGCGGCAGCUGCGCGCCACGCUGGAGGAGCGAAAGGCGAGCCGGGAGGGCCGCGUGUGA